AUGGCCCUCCAACCCUGUCGCGCGCACCUCCCACGAGCGCGUCACACCCUCCGCGCCCUCACGCCCACACUACGCACCUACGCCACCGAAUCAACACCCGAAUCCUUCAAAGCCCCAUCGCAAGAAUCUUCAGUCCCAAGAUGGAGCCAAACGCCCGCAGGCAUGAAAGCCCCCAUGCAGCUCGAUUUCGCGAAAUCAGUCAAAAACAAAAUCUGGAGCGUCAACAACGACCCCGCGAAGCUGGACGACAUGUAUAACCGACUACUUGGGCCGGGGGGCAGCAAGAUGCUGCCAGAGGAGUUGAAGUGGCUGGCUGUCACGCACAAGAGCUUCGAUCAGGGCAGACGAGGGUUUAAUGAUAAGUUGGCGUUGAUGGGUCGAUUGACGCUCAUUAUGGAAGCGACCAAGGAAAUCGUGAGCAAGGCCCCUAUGAAGGGGUCACGGCAGACGGACGCGUUUGGGAGAACUCCUUUUGAGCAUGAACAGCUUGCUUCGGUGGAUAACUUGAAUGUUGAGGGGCCAAAGGACGUGGUUGGUAAGGAGAAGCUGUAUGAGCUGGCCUCGACGGUGGGCAUUUUGGAUGUCGUGCGGUGGAAGCCGAGAUUGCCCCAAAAUCUUGAAUCAUCGGGUGUUGAAGUCGUCCUCAACGGAGCGAUACUGGCGAUUAUCGGUGCGAUUACGCUGCAGCACGGGUCGGUCGUUGCGUCCAAGGUUGUGCGGGAGAGAAUAUUGGCGAGACUGCCGAAGAACGAAUAA